AUGGAAAAUUUAUUAGUGCUUCAAGAAAAUAAUUAUUCUAUCUUACAAAAAACUAUAUCUAAUUUUAAGAAAACACCGAAGCCAAGAUUAAAUAAAAGUUACUUGAAAGUGAGAUUAGAAAGUUUAGAGAAACAUUGGGAUAUCUUUGAUGAGACACAUAGAAAUAUAGUAAAGACAUCUACAUUAGAACAAAGAAAGAAGCAUGAAUAUUUUGAAAAGGAUUUAUUUUCGAAAUGCGAAGAAGAGUAUUUGUUUUGCAAAGCAGAUAUCACAGAGAUGUUAGAAAGUUUUGAGUCAUCAAAUAUAGUCCAAGAGCCAUACUCGGAGUCUCAAAAAACAUGGGAAGAAGAAUUGCAAACAAUACCUGUUGAAGAAUUACCUACGUUAGAAAAAUUUAAGAAAUAUUUAGAAGGAAGAUUUAGAGUAACAGAAAUGAUUCAAACAUCUUAUAUGAAAGAGAGAACUCAAAUUAAACCAAAAUCGUUUGCUACAAUAACUAAUAUUUUGAUGAGUGGAGUUUUAAAGAGAAAGCAAGGAGAACCAAUCGCCCAACAAACUUACUUAGGGUGGAUAAUAUCUGGCGGCGAAGCUGUUGAGAGAUUACCAAAUAAGGGCCAAAUUAUUAGUAUGCAUUUGAGUGUAACGUUAGAUAAUAUGCUACAGAGAUUUUGGGAAUGUGAGUCACUAGAGUCUGAGAAUAAAAAUACACUUACCUCCCAAGAAGCUAGAGCAGAAGAAAUAUAUGAGAAAACAGUCAUGAGAGAUGAACAAGGACGAUAUGUAGUCAGCUUACCAUUUGUGAGAGACAAUCCAAUCUUACCUGAAAAUUCUAGAGAAAUAGCAAUGAGAAGAUUAAGAGGUUUAGAGAGAAGAUUGGCUGGAAAUGAAAACUUAAAACGAGAGUAUGAUAAUGUGUUAAAAGAGUAUAUAACAUUAAACCAUAUGGAAUUAGUAAAAGAUGAGAGAGAGAAAGAUACAGUCUACUUACCGCAUCACGCAGUUUUCAGAGAUGAUAAAACAACAUCGAAAGUACGUGUCGUAUUCGAUGCUUCGUGUCGAGGUACAAACGGAGUAUCACUUAACGAUGGGCUUUUGAUUGGACCUAAUUUACAAGAAGAAUUUUAUAUGGACGAUGUAUUAACUGGUUUUGAUAAUGUGAGCGAUGCGAUAAAUGCACAAAAAGAGUUAGCAGAAAUGUUAUUGAAAGGAAAAUUUGAAUUACAAAAAAUAUCUUCAAAUAGUCAAGAAUUUAUGAAUUCAAUAGAUCCUGAGAAAAGAGUGAAUAGUAUUGUAUUAGAUAUAAAUCAUAAAGAGACUGUGAAGACUUUGGGUAUUAUGUGGGAGACAAAUGAGGACAGUUUAAAAAUAGCACCUACUUAUAUGAAAAGCGAAAAUACUAAUUUACUUACUAAGAGAAAUAUAUUGCGCCAGAUAGCUUCUUUAUUCGAUCCUAUGGGUUGGUUAUCACCUGCCAUAAUUAAAGCAAAGAUAUUUAUGCAAAAGCUCUGGCUAAAUCAAGUAGAUUGGGAUGAAGAACUGUCGAAUGAUCUGAAAGAAGAAUGGAAUAAAUAUAAAAAUGAUUUACCUGUACUGUCCGAAAUCAAGAUUCCUAGAUGGAAUGGAAGUACUAUUGAUGUGGAAGUGGAGUUACAUGGAUUUGCAGACGCCUCGCAAUCAGCAUAUGCAGCCGUAGUUUAUACUAGAGUAUUGAGUAAUAAUAAAAAUCCCUGCCAAACAACGUUGAUUAUGGCAAGAACUAAAGUUGCGCCUGUAAAACAAAUAUCUUUACCGCGCUUGGAACUAUGUGCAGCAGCAUUGUUAAGUAAAUUACUUAAACAUGUUAUGAGAAUACUUUCCAUUGAUACCAGUAAAACAUUUGCUUGGUCUGACUCCAAAGUAACAUUGGCCUGGAUAAAAGGCGACCCAAAUAAAUGGACACCAUUUGUUAAAAAUAGAGUUAUAGAAAUUAGAAACAAUUUGAAUAUUCAGUGGUUGUACAUUAAUACAAAAGAGAACCCCGCUGAUCCAGCAUCACGAGGAUUAUUACCCAGUGUACUAAAAGAGAGUCAUUUAUGGUGGCAAGGUCCAGAAUUUCUGCAAAUGUCUAAUUUUAUGUUACCAAAAGAUAUAAUUCCUGAAACAGAGUUGGAAAAAAGAGUUCAGAUUAAAUGUAAUACGACAGUUAUAAAAACUAAAGAUGAUGAAUUUAAACUUACCUUAUUGAAUAGAUUUUCGUCACUGAAGAAACUAUUGAACGUUGUUGCCUUUUGUAGAAGAUGGAUGAAAAAUGUAAAAAGAGAAAAUAUUAAACAUAAAAGCAUAGAUUGUGAAGAAAGAGAUAAGGCACUUACCGUUUGUGUUAAAAUAGCUCAGCAAAUAGACUUUACAGAUGAAAUAGAAACCCUGAAAAAGAAGAAAAUUAUUAAAAGAUGUAGUCGAUUAUUACCAUUAUGUCCUUACCUUGAUGAGAAUGAUGUUCUGAGAGUUGGUGGCCAUUUAAAGCAUGCAGAGCUGAAAUAUGAAAGAAAACAUCCUGUCAUACUUACCAGAGAUAAUCCACUUAUACCACUUCUGUUGAAUGAUGCACACAAAGAGACGCUGCAUGGAGGUCCUUGA